UUGAGAAAUAAUAAAAUCCUUCCACCAACAAGUUCAGGGUCUCAAAGGACCCCCCCAACCGCAAACAUUCCCUCACCUCACUCUCUCGCCGCGAUACUAUCGCCUUCUGCACCACCUGAUUCGGAUUCGGCAGUUGGUGUUUCGCGAUCAUCAAGUCCUAAACGUUCACACGCCGAAGCUUUCUCUGCGACAGAUCCGACUUAUCUUCAUCCCGCUUCACCUAAACAACAUCGUCCCAAUAUAACUUCGGCCGGAGUUACCAGCCCCGGCGCAUUGGGCGCCAGUGGCCUAGGAGCUGAUGAUGGUAAUGGUGGUGGCCGAGGUGGGAUAGAGGAGAAGAAGCCAACAAAAAUGGUACGAUCUAGUAUAGCUUGCGCCCGAUGUAGACGGAGCAAGGUAAAAUGUGUCAACAAUGGUGUCAAUUCUAUAUGUAGGGCUUGUGAGUCCUCAAACAGAGAGUGCACAUAUCCUAGUGCCGCAGCUUCCACGCCCAAGAGACCCGACCCACCCACGGGGAUAAAAAUUGAAGGAGAGAGCGAUAAUAAGAAGCGAGUUCGAAAGCAUGAAGAUUCUGGUCGCAGAAAUAGUCAACGAGCAGGCGAGGAACCUUUGGAGGCCUCGAUCUUGACAAGAAAGGUGUGGGAUGAGAUCUAUGAUAUAUUCAAGUUAAAUUUCUCGACGGAGAUGCCUUUCCUACACCCGCCAUCGUUUCGGAAUCGCAUGCGCCAAGCAUCUCACCCACGAGACCCUUCUACACUCGUCGAUAUCCCCGCCUUUCAAGAUGCUAAGAUUUUGUUGUUAGGUGUGCUCACGCUCACGGCCCGGUUCCAUCCCGAAUUAAUUGCAUACCAUGCACCAGCAAAUUCGCCUCGACCAAAUGAUCCUUUGGCUGCAAGUGAUUAUUAUGCAACUGCCUUGACCUCAACCAUCUUCGGUGCCUCGGGCAAAGAUUUGAGUACCCCUACGACCGAACGAAUCCAGGCACUUUUGAUGCUUGGUCUCUACGAGUGGGGUCAAACCAGAGGCCUGAGCGCUUGGGUGUAUGUUGGUAUUGCGACUAGACUAGCACAAGCAAUGGGCCUACCUUACGAGGAUGAUCCAUCAGCCAGAACUUUCAAAACCGAAACUGCAGUCACUGCUAGUUCAACUUCAUACCGACCCGAGGUGAACAAGCAUCCAGCACGUGAUACUGCGAUUGAGAAAGAAGUCAGAAGACGUACUUUUUGGAGUUGUUUCAUCAUGGAUCGUAUGCUUUCAGCUGGAAAGGCUAGACCUACUAUGAUUGAGUCUAGUAUCCUACGGGUACAAUUACCAUGUUCUGAUGAUCAAUUCUUAUUCACCCAAUCCGUCCAAACCGGUUAUUUGAAUCGAGAAUUUGAGCAGGUUACUUUGACGAAUGCCAAGAUUCAAGAAGGUGGUGUACUAGGCAGAUACUGUCGUUUGGUGGAGAUUUGGGGUAAACUCUCAAAGUGGAGUCUUCAUGGAGGUCGCCGAACCGAGUCCCUACCCCCAUGGGAUGAAUCAACACAAUUCUACAAACUUUCGCACGAGCUGGAAGAUUUCUAUAGCGGCCUACCGGAAAAUCUUACCUUUUCCGAGGACAACCUGAAUGCACAUUUGGAAAAACGAAAUGCGACCACAUAUGCGAGUUUGCAUACGCUCGUCUCUUUAUGUCGAAUCAUGCUUCAUAGGGAAUACAUACCUUUCAUCCCUCUUCGGGCUGAUAAACCCUCAGGUCCAUUGGAUGAACCAACAUUCCCAAAAGAGAAAUUUGACAUACCACCAGGGUUUUGGGAACAAAGUGCCGAUUCGCUCUUUUCAUCGGCAAGAGACAUUGUUGAUAUCAUGAGGACUUGUCAGGACAACAACGCUCUACCAGAAUCCCCAUUGUUUGUAUUCGCUCUGUUCCAUUCGGCAUUUACGGGUGUUUACUCUGUUCAUUUCUCACAAAUGGACCCCAAUGAAUACAUGGGUGAAAGUCGAUCUGCUUUACCCAUCAAAAUCUUGAAAGAGAUGGUUCCACGAUUAACCAUGGCUAGAUUUUAUCACAAAAAAAUCGAACAGAUGGUGAGCUAUUACAGAAAGGUAAAGAACGAAUUCAAGAGAUACAAGAAAGAUGUUUCAUGGAAAGGUGGUGGAUUGGAGGAGUGGAAGGGUUUUGAGAAAGACUUGAAGGAAUUUGGUAGUCUUGAAGAUGCUGCUGGAGGUGACUCUCAUUCCGACGACUAUCCAAACCGCUCUCGAUGUAGCACCAGCGAUCUUGGCUCCACUACUGCUGCUAAUUCUAAUAGCGAGCCAAUGCAAGGUGUUGAAGGGACAGGAUCGAGACCAGCUGCCUGGGCUCCAAUUAAUGCUGCGAAUCCUAACAUAAAUUUGGAGAUGCAACAAGGUCCUGGUGGGCCCUAUAUCCCAAGUGGAGCUUAUCAACCGAGUCCUAAUCAAAACUCCAAUCCACCUAGCUUGAUUAGUCCAGGGAAUGGCGAUUCGGCAUCGAGUAUUAAUUCUCCUUAUAGCAAUCAAGGACAAGCCCAAAGUUAUCCUCAGCUUCAGCAAAUGGGUCCUUAUCAUCCUCCAAUGACCCAUCAACCUCAUAAUAUGGCACCACCAGGUACUCAAGCGGGAUGGAAUAGAGACCCAACUGCUGCCACCACGUUACCUUAUGCUACAUGGAUUGACGAUUUGGAAAGUAUUUCAAUGAAUACUUACAACAUGGAAAACUUUACUCAAUCCUUUGGUGAUGCAAGUCAAUCAUGGAAUGCUGCACAAUUUGGAGCACCACCUCAGACUAAUUGGGUAGCAGCCGUCGAACGAAAUACUGUUCCAAAUGAGAUUAAUGGUGAAUGUAUCAGGUGGAGACGAUCAAUGAAUGAGAUUAUUCUCCUCAUCAAUGUUUCUUAUCUUGAAGGAAUGGAAUGGGGGAGUGGGGAGUUGGCUGCUCGGAAUGAUUUGAAUCUUCUCCAUGAUGGUCUUGGGGGGUUUGAUAGGAUUAUGUUGAGCGUUUAA